CCCCCGGAACUUGCAGUCACUCCUGGGUGUCCACUAGGGUUUUUCUGCUCGCAUCUGGAUCCCAGUGCGACUAGCGUACAGUCCGGUGUUCUGUCCUGUCCUACAGAAACCACGGCCUCCUAAAGUUUGGAAAGAAAGCAAGAAAAGAAAGAAGAAAAACACCUUUCCGGCAACUUUUUUUCCCCCACCGUCUGCUCUCUCCUCCCGUGGUUUACAACACUUUCGUCGAAGCUGUAAAGCAGCAGUGUGAUUCUGAGAUUCUUGCCCUGCAGUUAAAUAACUUUUUUUUACAUGUUUUAAAACUGUUGUUUUGUCGCCUUUCCGCGUUUUUUCGAUUGAGUCUGGAACUCGACAUUUAUCGCACGUAUCCGUGCUUUUAAGCGGACGACGUUUGAGCAAUUUUUUAAGGUUUUUCGGUGUUUUUUUUCAUUUUUUUCCCUCCGUCAGAGUAGUUUGAGAGGUGGCCUCCGAGCUGCUGUGAAUGAAGUGUCUGUUUGAGCCGAAGAAAUCAGCGCGUCUCCAUGAGGAAACUCAGCGUGGGAGUCGCUGAAACUUUGUCCUAGCUUACGCACACCUGAGCGAUAUAUAUUUUUUGACUUUUGUGCUGAUAACUUCGUAGUUUAUUUUUUUUGUUGUUGAACUGACACACCAUGAAGACGCUGUUGGUGUUGUGUGUAGUUUGCACGCUGGUCGUGUUCUCCGUGUCGAUGACUGCGGAGCAGAAGUUGAAAAACUGCAACGAAGUUCGUGCUGCUUAUAGCUCCAAAGGCUUCAACGUUAACGAUGUUCCCAACAAAGGAGUCAACGGAGCCCCCCUGAAAGUGUGUCCGCAGGGUUUCUCCUGCUGCACGGUAGAGAUGGAGGAGAAGCUGAGCCAGCAGAGCCACACGGAGAUCAAAGCUCCCGUCUCCAGGCUUAGCACCAACUUACAAUCCACCUUCAGACAGAGGCACGACCACUUUGACAAGUUUUUCCGUGAGCUUUUGAAAAAUGCUGAGGUCUCGCUGCACAACAUGUUUGUGCGCACAUACGGGAUGAUGUACGUGCAGAACGCAGAGCUGUUCAAAAACUUCUUCGAGGCCCUGACUCGGUACUACGUGUCCGGCGGCGCUGCGGUCAACCUGGACUCCAUGCUGUCAGACUUCUGGGCUGACCUCCUGGAGAGGAUGUUCCGGUUGGUCAACGUACAGUACGACUUCAGCGACGCCUACAUGGAGUGUGUCAGCCGGCACACGGAGCAGCUGCAGCCCUUCGGCGAUGUGCCUCGCAAGCUCCGCAUCCAGCUGACACGGGCCUUUGUCGCCGCACGCACCUUUGUGCGCGGCCUGACGCUCAUGCCAGAGGUGGUCAAUAAAGUUUCUAUGGUCAGUGCGUCUCCCAGCUGUGUGCGAGCGUCCAUGAAGAUGUUGUACUGUCCCUACUGCUCGGGCCAAGUGGCCCUGAAACCCUGCCAGAAUUACUGUCUGAAUGUGCUGCGUGGCUGUCUGGCCAAUCAGGCCGACUUGGACACUGAAUGGAACAACUUCCUCGAUGCCAUGCUUAGUCUAGCAGAGAGGCUUGAAGGUCCCUUUAAUUUUGAGUCCGUCAUGGAUCCCAUCGACGUGAAGAUUUCCGAGGCCAUCAUGAACAUGCAGGAGAACAGCAUGCAAGUGUCCCAGAAAGUUUUCCAAGGAUGUGGGCAGCCGAAACCAAGCAAGGCCUUCCGUUCCAAACGCUCUAUGAAAGAUACCGGCUUUAACGGCCGCUUCCGCCCUUACAGUCCUGAUGCUAGGCCCACUACCGCCGCCGGGACAAGUUUAGAUCGACUGACAACUGAUGUGAAGAAGAAGCUGAAACACGCAAAGAAGUUCUGGUCCACAUUGCCAGAGACCGUGUGUGCAGGUGAGAGGAUUGCACCUGGGGACGAGUGCUGGAAUGGAACAGCAAAAAGCAGGUACGAGUCAGUUGUCAUUGGCAAUGGACUGGCCAAUCAGGUGUCCAACCCCGAUGUGGACGUGGACAUAACAAAGCCAGACAUUGUUAUUCGCAGUCAGAUCGCCGUUUUGAAGGAAAUGACAAGCUGGCUCAAAGCCGCACACAGCGGCAACGACAUCUCGAUUGAGAACGGUGAGGAUGAUGAUGUGGGCAGUGGAGGAGAGGAGAGCGGCAGCGGUUGCGACUCUCCAUCCUGCAACACAGACCGGGACAUGUACUUCUCCACUACACGGAGCCCCGUCAAACCCCGGAUUGAUUCAGUGGGUUCGCCCUCAGCCGGGGGGGUCGCCUCACAGGGAAGCAUGGCGCUGGGGCUCUGCGGGCUGGCCCUGGCCCUGCUCGCUCCCCACUUGAGAUAAAACUGGCUGGGCAGGAAGAGGAAGAAAACGACCAGAAUUGGUGGAGCGAAGGAGAACGCUGUCAGAGAGACUUUAAAAAGACUGCCUUCAGGACCUUGGACUAUCCGCCAUAGGGGGGGAAAGACUCUUCUUAAUAUUACAAUAACUUCACUUUUAAUUAUUUGUUUGUAUGUUUUGAGGACAUCAGUGUACAGGAAUAUGAUUUUCUUCCCAAGAAAUCCACCUCGUUUCCCCCAGAUAAACCUUUACUCCUUAUGCCUCUGUUGGAGCUACACUAUGGCUCUGCUUGCAGCAUGACAAACAUCAUAUAAUUGUCUUAUUUUGGCAAUUUAAUCUCAUAAUACGUUGUUGUGCCUUUUCAAUGAUUGCUAUCUGAUGUCUGAAUAGUAAGCCAGAUGUUUGGUUGAACAUUUAGUGCCUGUGGUGGGACAUAUCUUCAUAUUUCUGAGGAUGUUCUUUCUUUCCAUUAUUCAGAGAUCCACAAAUCAUAGUGUUUAUGUUAUGAAUUCAUAGCAAUCAUUUGAAUGUGCAUACUGUGAAUGUUUGUGUCUGUGUACUCACACAUUGACAUACAUCAGCCACUCAGAAAUUAUGAAGAUAGCUGUUGAUCUCAACUAAGGAACCUUUUGGAGCGUUUGUGCGCUUUGCUUCAGAGAAAUGUUAAAAACAAUCUUCUCAUUUUCUCAGAAAUACAGCGAGAGAAGUUACAGCACAGGUAUUUAUGUUUGACCUGGAGAUGGAAUCAUUCUUUAGAAGAGCUUUUUGGGGGCGCCCUGCGAGCCCAAACAUGCAUCAUUGUAUGUCUUCUGUGAGCAUUAUCACAACCUAACUUUUAAUUUACCUUUGUUUUUUUUUUAUUUAAUUUCCUCAGCUUAAACCGUUCAAAAGUAAGGUCAUACCUCACGCAUGCUCUCAUUGUCAAUGCAAUCUAGUGAUGUUGAGUUGAAAGUGUCUGAUAGAGUUGAGAUAUGUUGGCUGGCAUCCUGGUGAAAGGUAACUGGCGUGGAAGGAGAAGGACUCCCCUGGCAUUAACCCUGAAGAAGGCAAAGCUGACACGUCCUGAAAGCCCUUAUUGGUACUGGAAGCUCAGUUCAGCACACAGGGUGGGACUGUACAGUCUCACUUGUUUUGAAAAAAGAAAUAAAAAAGAAAGUGACGACAUGUAUGUUCAGAGCGUUUCACAUCAAACUAGAGAAGAGGAACAAAAGACAAAGUGCUUUGAUCAAAUUGAAAUCAAGAAAAGAUUCUUUUAAUACAGGGUUUUAUGUUGAAGAGGUGUUGUAAUUUUUAGCUAUUUUUGGUAUGAAGAUAUAUAUUAGGUACUACAGUGGAUUUUACUGCUAGUUUUAGGUGGUGGAAGAGGACAACGUGCACGGAUAUUGGGGACACUUUUGGUCAGUGUGCGCAGUUUUUAUUUUUAUUUUUUUGGUGCUUGUUUUGUUCAACCACGUCCCCCGUCCCACGAUACACUUGUGCCUCUUAAGUGGCCUGGGUCGGUAUGAAUGGACCCGGAACCAUUUGAUCUACCUAUUCUCACGUUCUCAUCAUUUCAACUUGAGGUGGAAUGUUGUAUUGUCACAAGUGCUACCAAAAUGAAUGCAAUGUAUGGUGCCUGAUCUUUUUAUUUUAUUUUAUUUUUUUGUUAACCGUGGUACAUUAACGACUUCUUGAGGUAAAAGAAUGUAGAUGUUGAUUUGUAUCUCUUAUCUGCUCAGAGUCCCUGUAGGGUGUUUUGAGUAUAUUGUUACCAGCUGACAAGCACAACAUUAGAUUUUCUAUAUCUUCUAAUUUGAUAAUCGGGUCUGUUAGUUGCAUUACCUGGCCGUUUUCAUCUCUAAAAUGAUGCUGCCUCAUGUAGCUUUUGUACAGUAACUUAUGCAUGUAUUUUAAUGUCAUUGCAAACAUGCUUUUAGAACUGACAUAGAUGAUCCGAAAUACAGUAUUCCGAAUCCAGUAUUGGAUAUGCAAAAACGUAGGUGAAUAUAAUUCAUAUCUCAAGGUAAUUGAUUUCAAUUGAUCAGAUUCGGGGGCUUUGAAUAUGCAUUUUGUAAAAAAAAAAAAAAAAAAAAACAGAAAAAUGGAUCGGCAUGUUUUCACAUUUGUCUGCAGGUCUGAAACAAUUGGCUGCAGUUAAGACCGAUGGUAAAUACUGUCGUUUGGCUCUGGAACUGACCGGUUGAUUGUAAGCUCACAUGACUACGAACAAAUCAACGAGGACAUCAAUAUUAGGAAUCUGACUUUGAAGGAUUUGAUGAAAAAAAGCUAAACAACCCACAUAAAAUGCUGAAGCCUUACUUUAAAACAGCGAUGCUGGUUUGGCUUUACCUCCACAUGUGACUGGUUCAGUUCAGUUCUCCUGAUUUUUUUUUUUUUUUUUUGUGUUCCACCAACAUUUCUACCAGGGCUUGUGCAUGUUGUUCGUGUCAUGUGUAAGAGUUGAGGCGAGCGUGAAGAAACCCAAACUUUCAGAGGGAACGUUUUUGGGUGACGAUGGUAAAAAAAAAAAAAUGUCUGUGCUUGCGGGCCAGGGCAGCACCAUUUUCCGGCCGGCAGGAGGCGGUCCAGCGGCUGGAUGUUGUUCAUUUGAUCCACGGAGCAACUUCAGUCUAGUGACUUAACAGUUGAGUUGGACAGGUGCUGAAAAGCUACCAUCAGCCUUUGGCCCACAAGAACAGAAAGGACUCUUCAGAAAGGAAUCUUUCUGAGGAGAGACUGAGAAUAAAAAAAUAAACGUGUAAAUAAAGAGCAGUUAGAUGUCUCUAAAAGAGGCCGUAACAGUACACCAGAUUUAUACUUGUCAGAGUAUCUCCUAAAUGUUAUGGAAAAAAAGAUGAGAUAGAUGUUAAAUUGUAAGAGAAAAUGUAUAUUAAACAACAUUUCUUAGUCUUGUUGAAAUAAAGACUGCCAAUAUUUAAA